CACCACUUUACCUCACUCGGGUUCUCCCAACCCGCUGCGGACAUCGCAUCUCCGUCUUGGCCACCUUCAGGCACAUAACAGCAGCGUUGAAGUACUACGUUGUAAACGCAUCAUGGCCUCCAAGUCCAGGCAAGUGAAGCGAGUCACGCUCACCUCGAAAAAGAACUGGUGGAUGGUUGAAUUGGAGGACGAGGAGGAACAUGUCAGUACACCUCCAGCGGAAGAGCCGAUUGCGACAGACCACCACCAUACACCAUUCCGCUCGUAUCCGUUUAGCACCCAUGCUACGGAGACUGCGGCGGCGCGUUCUCCUCCAGCAUCUGGCACGACUUUCGUCCCGCCCAAUAAUCCCCUCACCAUCUUCUCCUUCCCGACGCCUACCACAUACUCUGCUCCACCAAACCCCACCCACAACAUGGCACCCUUCGCGGCUGGAUCUGCGUCUGAGCUGUUCAAAUGCGUGGUGAAAAAGCCAAACGUCGUACAGCUUGAGAUCAACGGCGAGAUGCAGUCGAACGCCAACGACGUCAUGACACAGUUCCUCGCUGAACUGCGCGUGUACACCACGGUGUCGCGGCAUCGCAACAUAGCCGCGUUCCUCGGCUGCCUCGAGAACGUCGGGAUGGUGCUCGAGUGCAUCGAGGGGCGGACGCUGUGGGAUGUAGUCAAGGUGCGGCCGGAGCUGACCCGAAGCCAGAAAAUUGACUACCACAACCAACUGCUGGAUGGACUGACGCACCUGCACACUUUCGGCCUGAGCCACGGCGACCUCUCUCUCCUCAACGUGCAAGUGACCUACUCUUCUGACACGGUCAAGCUGCUCGACUUCGGCCGCUCCGUCGCGGCGGACUCCGUCUUUGCGUCGCCGUACGAGGAUAUGUCCCAGCGUCCAGCCGCGCCGGCGCCCCCGCGCCCGCCGGUGACGUCGCGCUUCGCGCCGAAGUCGCCUUACUCUCCCGUACCACCUACCCCUCCACCCACACAAUCGAGGCAAAUAGAACAGAUACACCCAGGCACUCGACCUUUCUCCGCCCCGGAGGUCCUGCGCGGCGAGUGCCAGGACCCACGACUGGCGGACGCUUACAGCUUUGGAGUAAUACUGGUGUGCUUGGAUCGGUGCGAUUUGGUUGACAUCAAGCCUUGGGAUCAACGGAAGGAUCUCCUGCCCAAAGGCUUUUUAGAUGGACUGCAGGUAUUCAGGGAGAGGUGCGAGUUAUAUCUGCAACGAUGGGAUAAGGGCAGACGCAGGCUAGUGAAAGAAGACAUGAUGGACGUCGACCCACAAAUGAACCUUUAGGCCGGACUAUCGACACGGACACUCACUCCGUUUGGAUUGUCAGACGUACCGCGUAUGCGAUGUAUUCGGCCGCCAGUGUAUAUAAUCUGAGAACGCUCUCACCCUCAAAUCUGAUGCCUUUGCAGACACCAAAUGAAGACACGUUUCCGUCGCGUCCUUGGUCGCUGUUUGACGGAACCCUCGUGCACUUAUAAGUAUCCAAUUGAGCUCAAUGUAUGUGCGGUUUCGCCAAACGCACAGACUUGGCACAGCCCAAAAAAUGAGUCGGCCCAGGUUCGAACUGAGGACCUUCUGUGUGUUAGACAGAUGCGAUAACC